GCUCAGUGCGCGUCUCUGCGCUCCCUCCACAGUUUCGGCUGCGCAAACAGCCUAUUCGCACCAUUGUUUUAGUUCAGACUACUUCGUUGCGCCUCAGUUUUCUUUUUUAUUCAACUUAUCACCAUGAGUACUCUAGCUUCAGAGACCGUGUUUUUAUCCGCUUUACAGCCCAACACCUCUGUCACCACUUAUGGACUCCCGUCUGAUCUACAGCUCGGGAACGGCAGCUCCGUGUCGGAUGAGGUGGCCAGAGCCCGGCGCGUCCAGCAACAGGUCCAGAUGAGACUGGCGGAGAAGUCCACACUUCCGCGUCAGAAUGGUUCAGCCUCACAAUACGCGAUGUCAGACUACGGUGGUUCUUCAACAAUGAAAUAUCAGACCUAUAGCCCAAAUUACAGCUCUAAAUCAUCCUACAUGUACUCAGGCUCCAAAACAAUGGGUCCACGUGUAUCUGGUCAGAGGUCAGGCUUCAGCUGUCAGUCUGCUGGCCCAGACAUUGCCCAGUUCAACAAGAUCAGCGUUGGUGGUGGAGGGAUUAGUGGUGGUUGCGGUAGUGGCUAUUAUCGUGAAGACAUGCGUAUGGGUGGCUACCAAGGGACCAUGAGACAGCAGAGCCAGAUGGACCCAGAGAUCCUCUCCAUGCAUUCAAUGCGGCAGCAAAUGGCGCCGGUGUAUCCCUGGACAGAUAACAGCGAUGCUGUCAGCAUGGUCUCCGACAGGGACGCCACCUUCAACCGCCCGUACAGUCAGAGUGUAGUCAAUGGCUACGCCGGCCAGGUGAGGCAAGGAGGAGGCAGCAUGACCUAUUCACAUCCCAUGCGCCGAUCUCUUAGUGGCACUCUUUCCCGUGGUGGAGGGAUGGCAGGAGGAGAGGUGGAGAUGGCCCAGCAACAUUCCUUCAAAGGUCCUGCCCACCGCACCAUCAGCAGGAUUACAAACCGAAACCGGAUGAGCAUGGGCUCCAUGUCCGGGACCAUGCAGCAGAUCUCCUCAGGUGGGAGCAUGUAUGGUGGAGGGAUGGACAGAGUGGACGGCUUCAUCACAGGUGGAGUGUCUUCUGGUUCCCAGGCGAACCUGAUGCGUCCAGGCACCCUGUCCCGUGCCAUGUCGGUCAAAAGCAUGCAGAGCGUGGGCAAAGGCGUGGAUAUCUACAAUCAGCAGAUGGAGUUAGGCAUGGGCAACCUCAAUGGCCUCUCUACCUUGGACAUGGCCACGGCAAUACAACACCUGAGGGAGCUUGACCCUGAAAUGCAGGUCCUGGGUGCCGCCUACAUUCAACAUGAAUGUUACAAUGACAGCGACGCCAAAGAUGAGGUGCGUCGCUUGAAGGGCAUUGGUGAGCUGGUGAGACUGUUCAACUCCGAAAACCAGGAAGUACAACGUUUUGCCACCGGUGCCACGCGCAACCUCAUCUAUGAGAACAUGGAAAACAAGGCGGCUCUGAUCGAAGAGGGCGGCAUCCCACAGCUGGUCGAGGCACUGAGGGAGCCAGAUGAUGAGCUCCGCAAAAACAUCACCGGUAUAUUGUGGAACCUUUCAUCUAAAGACAACCUGAAGCAAAAACUGGCCAGGGAGACACUUCCUGAAUUGACUGAGAAGAUCCUCAUCCCUCUGUCGGGGGGCGGGCAAACUGACACCAUCCAGCAAUCAGCAUCUGAGGCAGAAAUCUUCUACAACACCACAGGAUGUCUCAGGAAUCUGAGCUCUGUGAAUGAGAAGACCCGUCAGCAGAUGAGAGAAACAAAUGGACUGGUGGACUCUUUGGUGGGCUACAUCAAGGCCUCCAUUGAGGACAGCAAGGCAGAAGACAAGGGUGUUGAAAAUGCAGUGUGUGUCUUGAGGAACCUCUCCUACCAGCUCUAUAGUGAGAUGCCCCCAUCUGCUCUGUUGCGCCUGGAAGGACCAACCAGAGCACAGAACUCAGGAAAGGGUGAAGCCAUUGGUUGCUUUACACCCCAGAGCAGGAAAGCCAAAAAAAGCAAGAACCAGGAUCUCGCCACUUUCACCGAGGUUGCUCGCGUCCCAAAGGGUAUGGAGUGGCUGUGGCACCCACAGAUAGUGAAGGUGUACAACGAUGUGCUGCAUCACUGUGAGAUCAACAGUACCACCCGCGAGGCAGCAGCCGGAGCGCUGCAGAACAUCACAGCUGGAGACAAGAGGUGGCCUUCGGUGCUGAGCCGGGUGGCUCUGGAGCAGGAGCGCAUGCUGCCCGUGCUGCUGGACCUCCUGCGUACCAACAACGACCUGGAGCUGCGUUCUCUCACAGGCUUCCUCCGAAAUCUGUCCCGUCAUGUCAGGGAUAAGAAUGACAUGGCCACAAAGGUGGUGAACAACCUGGUGACCAAGCUACCUGCUGAUGGACAUCAGAAGGAGCCCUCCAGCGAGGUGGUAGUCAACAUCUGUGGUAUUCUUAAUAACUUGGUGACCAGCAGUUCUGUAGCUGCCAGAGACAUCGCCUUCUUUGACGGACUGCAAAAACUGGAUGGCAUUAAAACCUCACACGACAACAGUUCUGGAAAGGUAAAAGCAGCCAAAGCAGCAUCCACAGUUCUCAGCAACAUGUUCCAGUACAAGAAACUGCACAGCACGUACAAACUGAAAGGGUUCACGAAACAACAUUUUACAGACACAACGAUCUAAAACAAUGUAAUGUAAUAGUCAUGCACUCUGCCAGCCCCCCUUUGGAUGCAAUCUCUUCAGAUUUGUAGUAAAGACACUCUUUUUACUAUUCAAAGAUAACUUAGGUUCAAUUUUUGUUGGCCAUACUUUGUGAUGAGAAUAUGGACACACAAGUGAUGGAGGAGCUACCUGGAAAAGGACUUCCUGUGUAUUUUUCAGUACAGUUCAAGAAACGUGGAUCCAGUACAUUGGACUAUUGAUGGACUCUAUGCACCUUAACCCAUUUACUCUCUUUGUUUGAACACUGUAUGUUUUAGUGUGGAAUCAGGGACUUCUUUUCUGUCAAAGCAACAUGUAUUCAGAUGAAACUGCAGCUGUUUGUGUUUCUGCUUUUUAAAAACAGUUCAUAACUGUUGAUGGACAAUAUGGUGGACAUUUGUGCCUUGUCGUCCCACUGUUGCACCUCAAUAAUAGCAUAAAUGCGGACAAAUGUGGGACUAACAUGGAGUCUUUGUAAAUAUUGCAUUCUCUAUUAUGCAUAAAUCAAAUGUGUUUUUUUUAUAUACUGUAGCUAUUUGCUUUGUAUUUGUAGUUUUUGGAUGAAUAAAUGUUUUAUGAAUAAGUCAGAAUUAUAACAUAUAGUUAUAACAGAAUGUAACUACAGUAAAUAACAAUCACUGAAAUUUGGAUGUUAUGAAAUUUGAUUUAAAAAUCUGGGGAUUAUGAUUGUGCCUUCCAAGUUGACUUUGGGUUUAGUGAUGUUCUUUUUAAGCAAAAUCCCAGUCAUGUCAAACAAAAUACUGACAUGUGACAUUUAUAAUCACUUUGUCAAACAGAACUUAUAAUGUAUUACUGUGCUUGCUCAUUUUUCUUUAACAUGCUAUUUUUUCUGCUGUUUGUCUAGAAUGAUAAAUGAUGUGAGUAAGAGAUGAAAGCGCAAACAGAAACUUUGUUUUCAAGAGAAAUAUAUUUGUUUAGUAUUUGAGGUCUUUGUGUUCAUAAAUGACGAGAUUCUGACCCCCUUAAAACUUCUUUUUAUCGUCAAGUAUAAUAGAUUCUCUCUAAACUCUAUUUGUGCAACUUGUAAAUAUUCAUACAAAAGGUUUAGUUCAAAAACUUAAAUUGUAAUGAUUACUGCCCUGUGGUAUAAGUGGUGACCUUGUGUUUUUUUAAUUUGCUAUGCAGGCAGAUGAAUCAUCUGGAUAUUUUUUCAGUUAAUAAAGAGACAGAUUUAAAAGUGA